CUUAUGUUUACAACAAAUGUACCAAAAUUCCAGAGAUGUUUCUCGCAAAAAGUCAUUGUACUUAGCGGAAUGACUGGGAUUGGCAAAACCAGCUUCACUCAGCAGUUGAAAAAAGAAGUCAACGGUGAAAUAAUAUGAGCGGAUUCUAGUCAAAUUUAUAAAGGACUCAAAGUCCUUACAAAUAAAGAGAGAAUGGAAGAUGGCAAAUAUGCACAUCUUACAGCUAAAUGGAACCAUCAGGAUAAAGUAACAAGUGCAAGGUAUGCCUUAGAAUGAAGACAGAAAAUUAAAGAGAUUUUCCAAAGAGGUAAAACCCCAAUCCUUGAGGGUGGCUCUGGCUUUUACAUCCAAUCUGUAUUCAACAGAAAAUUGCUGACUCCUAAACCAAACUUUGAGCAAGCUAAACUUGAAGCAGAGAGAAUUUUAGAGAAAAAUAACUAUGAUUAUAAGGUUUUACAGAAAUACGAUCCUGAAAAUUACCUUUGAACUAACCCUCAGUUUAGUAAAUACAAAUUGGUGAAUUCCUUAGCAAUAGUUCUCUCAUUCAACCCUCAUGAUGGGACUGAAAGUCCUUCGCAGCCCCCAUUGUCUGAACUCAUCAAGGAAGCAGAAGAUGAUCCAGAUAAUAUUUACUUCAGCCAGAUUCCAAAAAGGUGUUUUUAUCUUUAUAACACUGACAAAUUCCUCGUAAAUGAGGCCCUAGAUUACAGAUGUGAAAAUAUGAUUCUUAAAAAUAACUUAUUUCAGGAGGUCCUUAACUAUUGUCAUCAAGUAAGACAGUUUCUGGAACAUCAUUGCCAGAUCUCUUUCACGAAUCCUUCAGAAGCAACCUCGGCUUUAUCAUACCAAGAAUCUGAGUUUAAAGAUAUCCUAAGUUUAUAUGACCCUCUAAAAGAAUCAAGUAUCAGCCAGAUUAAGGAGAUGUACCCUGUCACUCACUCAAUCGGUUUCUUCCAAGUUCUAAAGUACUUCCAUAGGCUCAAUAGCCUCGAGGCUAUUGAUGGCGAGGUAAUAAAGGAAUUUAAGGCUUUCUUAAGAGAAUUCAAAACUGCGAAUCAUCAAUAUGUUAAAAGGCAAAAUACUUGGUUCAAGAGUUCUAAUAGAGAUCCUCCUUUCUAUAAAAUUGAAAAACUGCCGAACGAAAAUACAGGAGUUAUGGAACAAAUCUUACCUCUAAUCACUUGCUCUGAAGAUGAAUAUUUAUCGAAACUUGCACAAAACUUUAAAGAACCUGAUUUCCCACAAGAACCUCCCACUCAGAAUUCCAGUGACGAUUUUGAAAAUUUUAUGAACGCUCAGAAAACUCUCAAGGACUCAAAACAGUUAAAACAAAAGAUGUAUGAGCCUAAAUCUAAAAUUCUGCGCAAUGAGUACAAACUCAGCCGAGCUAUGUAUUUGAGUCAGAAGGCAGCCCAGAGGUACAAAGAAAUGACUGGAAAUUGUUAUUAA